CCCGAGGGAGAAGGAGCAAAGGCGUCUGCAGGGGGCAGACGCCGAAGCUACCUGCCCGGUGCGCCCCCACCUCCGGCGCGCUGGUUUUUACCCCACCCCACCCCCUUUAUCCCCUGCCCCCACCACCUUAUUGGUGCUGCUUUGCAGCGCUCGGCUCCUGCGCCUUCGCUUCGCCUUUGAAUCUGGCUCGCCCCUCCGUAUUAUGUCUGCACUCCGAAGGAAAUUUGGGGACGAUUAUCAGGUAGUGACCACCUCGUCAAGCGGCUCGGGCUUGCAACCCCAGGGGCCGGGCCAGGGCCCGCAGCAGCAGCUCGUGCCCAAAAAGAAGCGGCAGCGGUUCGUGGACAAGAACGGCCGGUGCAAUGUACAGCACGGCAACCUGGGCAGCGAAACUAGCCGCUACCUCUCGGACCUCUUCACCACCCUGGUGGACCUCAAGUGGCGCUGGAAUCUCUUCAUUUUCAUCCUCACCUACACAGUGGCCUGGCUCUUCAUGGCGUCCAUGUGGUGGGUGAUCGCCUACACCCGGGGUGACCUGAACAAAGCCCACGUAGGCAACUACACUCCCUGUGUGGCUAAUGUCUACAACUUCCCGUCUGCCUUCCUUUUUUUCAUCGAGACAGAGGCUACCAUCGGCUAUGGCUACCGCUACAUCACAGACAAGUGCCCCGAGGGCAUCAUCCUUUUCCUCUUCCAGUCCAUUUUGGGCUCCAUAGUGGACGCCUUCCUCAUUGGCUGCAUGUUCAUCAAGAUGUCCCAGCCCAAGAAGCGCGCUGAGACGCUCAUGUUCAGCGAACAUGCGGUGAUCUCAAUGAGGGACGGCAAACUCACGCUCAUGUUUCGAGUGGGCAACCUGCGCAACAGCCACAUGGUCUCCGCGCAAAUCCGCUGCAAGCUGCUGAAAUCUCGGCAGACACCUGAGGGUGAGUUCCUUCCCCUUGACCAACUUGAACUGGAUGUAGGUUUUAGUACAGGGGCAGAUCAACUUUUUCUUGUUUCCCCCCUCACGAUUUGCCACGUGAUCGAUGCCAAAAGCCCCUUUUAUGACCUAUCCCAGCGAAGCAUGCAAACUGAGCAAUUCGAGAUUGUCGUCAUCCUAGAAGGCAUUGUGGAAACAACUGGGAUGACUUGUCAAGCUCGAACAUCAUACACUGAAGAUGAAGUUCUAUGGGGUCAUCGUUUUUUUCCUGUAAUUUCCUUAGAGGAAGGAUUCUUUAAAGUUGAUUACUCCCAAUUCCAUGCAACAUUUGAAGUCCCUACCCCACCAUACAGUGUGAAAGAACAGGAAGAAAUGCUUCUCAUGUCAUCCCCUUUAAUAGCACCAGCCAUAACUAACAGCAAAGAAAGACAUAAUUCUGUGGAAUGCUUAGAUGCAUUAGAUGACAUUAGCACAAAGCUUCCAUCUAAGCUGCAGAAAAUUACUGGAAGAGAAGACUUUCCAAAAAAACUCUUGAGAAUGAGUUCUACAACUUCAGAAAAAGCCUACAGCUUGGGAGAUUUGCCCAUGAAACUUCAAAGAAUAAGUUCAGUUCCUGGAAACUCAGAAGAAAAACUGGUAUCUAAAACCACCAAGAUGUUAUCUGAUCCCAUGAGCCAGUCUGUGGCUGAUUUGCCACCAAAGCUUCAAAAAAUGGCUGGAGGAGCAGCUAGGAUGGAAGGAAAUCUUCCAGCCAAAUUAAGAAAAAUGAACUCUGAUCGAUUCACAUAACAAAACACCCCCUUAGGCAUUAUUUAAUGUUUGAUUUAGUAAUAGUCCAAUAUUUGGCUGAUGAGGUAAUCCUCCCUAAAGAAUAUGAAAGGGACAUUCCCCAGCACCACCCAGUUCUAUAUGCAUAUUUGAGAACCCUUCCUUCCCAAUUAUUACUACUGUGCAAAGAGCAAAAGUGAUGAAGGGAGGACAUCGUAAGGAAUUUCUUACUAAUGGGCAUGUAUUAUCACAUCAAGCAUGCAAUAAUGUGCAGAUUUUGCAUUUAGUUUUAUGGCAUGAUUUAUAUAUGGCAUAUUUAUAUUGUGUAUUCUGGAAAAAAAAAAAUAUAUAUAUAUAUAUAUUUAAAUGGGGUAGUAUUCUCCCCAGCAUUUCUAACAUAUGUAUUAAGCCAAAAGUGUGGAUAGCUUUCAGGGCGAUAAAAUUAUAUAUAUCUAUAUAUCCAGAUAUCUAUAUCUAGAUAUCUGGAUAUAUAGAUAUGUAUACAUACAUACACACACACAAACACAUAUAUCUGAUAAAAUUGUGAUGUUUUGUUCAAAGUUGUAGUUCUUGUGCAUGUUUAUUAAAGUACAAAGGCUACUGGCAUUAAUUAAAUAUUAAUACCAAGUAUCUUAGCCUUAAAUUAUUUGUCAUUUUAGAAUCUAAUUUAAUGUUUUCAGCUGUUUAAGGUACUGGGAGGUUUUCACUUGUAUUUUAUAUGAAGGAAUCUCAAAAAUUUGUACUAUUUAUGGCCCUGCAAGAAUAUAUAAUAAUUAUAUAUUUAACUUGUAAAUUUUAGAGGGUAGCUGUACACAGUAUAUCAUUGAAAUUUGUUAUAAUUUUUGGAAGUUGCUAGUCCUAGGAGGAAAUAAACAUUGAUUAAUAUGAUAUUUGAUCAUUUCCUGAGCUAAUUAAAACCUAGAUAUCUGUUCUGUAUACAAUCUAAUACCAAAGUGAAUUUUGAACAAAUGCUGAAUAAUGAUAAUAGUCAGUAGCCAAGUUAUAUUGAAUAUAACAGAAUCUGCAUAGAAGUACACAACUAAGGGUCCCUGUGUCAAACUGAGCUGUUUGGAAAUAUUUUAAAUGAUUUUUAUGGAUAUUUUUGUCAUAUUAAACAUCAAUAAUUUAUCCUUAAGAGUGGUGAGAAUACAUUGAAAACAGAUGAUAAAUAUUCAUGCCUAAAAU